CUAAACUUCAGCGUUCCAUCUUCAGUUCAGACAAAGUCGGGUCGCGAUUCGCCGCGAAGAACAAAACAUCACCGGCGCCAUACGACAACCCACCACCAAACCCUUCAAUAACACCGAAAACUGCACGCGCUUGUUGCGCGAUGGGUUUACUCGUCCGACCAGACACUCAUCUACUUUUAUCUCCUCAGGGAGCCCCGCUUUGAGUUACGAGUUACCGCCUUCACACAAUCCUCCGACCGACCACUUGGACCGAUACCAAGAUUCGCGACAAUGGUCAAAACAAUCCAGCUGGGCAGCCGGCUCCGGUACCCCAUCACAAUCACCAAGCUCUACAAAGAACCCAGCCAGCCCAUCAAGAAGAAGGAAGCGCUCUUCCAGUACUCGUUCAAAUGGACGCGCACCGUCGGCGACACCAUCCGCGGCGAGACAUGGGAAAAGGAAGAAACCACCUACGCCGACUGGAGUUCGCCCUCGGACGGCGAGCUCAAAUCAUGGAAGAUCCGGGUCGGCCAAGAAAUCCUCAGGGAUCAAGAUUGCAUGGUAGUCAAGGAGUCGUGCUCCCAUGAUGUCCAAUUCGGCGGUCUCUGCGCCAUCUGUGGCAAGGACAUGACCGAGGUCAACUGGGCCGCCGAGUCCCGCGACAUGGACCGCGCCCCCAUCAACAUGGUGCACGACCAGACACAUCUCACCGUCAGCGAGACGCAAGCCCAAAAGACCGAGAACGCCCUCCAGCGCCGUCUGCUCCAGCACCGCAAGCUAAGCUUGGUCGUCGAUCUGGACCAGACCAUCAUUCACGCUUGCAUCGACCCGACCGUUGGCGAGUGGCAGAAGGACCCGUCCAACCCCAACUACCCGUCCGUACGUAAUGUCAAGUCCUUCCAGCUUGACGAUGGCCCCCGCGGCGUCGCCAACAACUGCUGGUACUACAUCAAGAUGCGGCCAGGCCUCGAGGACUUUCUCAAGAAGAUCUCGACCAUGUACGAGCUCCACGUCUACACCAUGGGCACUCGUGCCUACGCCCAGAAUGUGGCACGCAUCGUCGACCCCGACAAGAAGCUGUUCGGCAACCGGGUCAUCAGCCGUGACGAGAACGGCAACAUGUACGCCAAGAGUCUGCAGCGGUUGUUCCCCGUCAGCACCAAGAUGGUGGUGAUCAUUGAUGAUCGAGCCGACGUGUGGCCGCGCAAUAGGCCCAAUCUGAUCAAGGUCUCGCCGUAUGACUUCUUUAAGGGAAUCGGUGAUAUCAACUCUGGAUUUCUGCCGAAGCAGCAGGGUCUGCUUACUCCGAGUGCGGCGACCACUAAUGGUGGUUUGGCGCGCAUCGCGCCAGCGCCAUCUCCCGACAAGGAGGACAGCACCACGGAAGAGCCGCCGCUGGAGAAAGCCCUCGAAGAGCAAGAGAAGACGCUAGAGAAGCAGAUCAAAGACAGGCCCCUGCAGGCGCUGCAGGAGCAGCAAGAUAAACAAGACGAAGAGGCCGAGAGGGCAUCCGCCACCCCAGAAAACGGCAACACCGAGUCCACCACUCCUCCACCCCCUUACCACCGGCACCAGGUUCUGCAAGACGACGACCGGGAACUCGCCUUCCUCGAGGACCACCUCACAGCCCUCCACAAAUCCUUUUUCCAAGCUUAUGAGCAGAACCGCCUUUCCCAACCCUCGUCCUCCCCAUCCUCGCUCGACACUCAAUCCAUCCCGGACGUAGGCUCCAUCCUCACCACGCUUAAAUCUCAAGCGCUCAGCGGAUGUAAAAUUGUCCUCUCCGGAAUCGUUCCGAUAGGGAUGGACGUCUACCGCUCCGAGAUCGGGCUGCAAGUUGCCAGCUUUGGAGCCGAGUUGCGCAGCUCCGUGACACGAGACGUGACGCAUUUGGUAGUUAGUUCCCAGAGGCCACGGACAAAGAAGGUCAGACAGGCGAUACGCUUCCUGCCCAAAAUCAAGAUCGUCAACCAGGACUGGCUGGCAGCGUGUUUCUCAGAGUGGAGGGUGGUGGAGGAGGGGCCUUACCUCAUCGAAGGAUUGGAGGAUGCGCAAAAGAAGUUGAACGAGAAGGUUCAGGAUGCCGAGGCGACAGAGACGGUUAGCGAUGCCGAUGAUACGGACACGCCGCCGGGGAAAAAGAGGAUUCUGCGGUUGAAGUCGCCGCCGAGGGUCCGCUUCGCCACCGCCGCUACCAACGAGGACGAGGACGAGGACGACUCAGAUUCGGGUGGAGACGAUGAAGACGAGGAUGAGGAUAUGGAUGAGGAGCUCGAGGCGUUGAAGCCCGUGGAUGAAGAUGGGCAAUUAAGCCCUAUUGAUGGGUUGAAGACGUUCAAUUGGGGUAGCGCGGAUGAAGAGUUGGCGGAAUUCCUUGAAUCUGGUUCGGACGACGACGACGAGGAGGAGGACGGCAAGGAUGAUGAUGAUGGUGAAGAUAACGACAACGCAGACGAUGACGGAGAUGUCCAGGCAACAGCAAAUACUAGUACAACAACCUCGUCAUACGAACAAGUACUAGCCGCCCCCACAAAACGCAAAGCAGACGACGAGGAAGAAGAAGAAAGUAACAAACGCCGGAAAUCCCUCGUCGGUCCCGGUCCCUCCUUGCUAAGAAACGAGCUGAAAGAUGAGGACGUUGAGGCUACAAGUGCCGCCGUGGCCGAGGCUGCCGAGGCCGCUGCCGCUGCUGCUGCCGAGGUGGAAGCGCAAGCGGCCCAGGAUGCUCAGGAUGCGGAUGACCUGGACAAGGAAUUCGAGGAGCUGGAUGAGGAGGCCUUGGAGGCGGAUUUCCUGGCGAUGGAUGAUGGGGAUGGGGACGAGGUACAAGGGCAACAAGUGAACGGGGAUGGAAAUGGGAAUGGAGGCGUCAGUGAGAAUGGCUAGGAGCCGGUCGGGAUUGACAGAUCUGAAAUUGAUACAAGAGUUGA